GCCCCUCCUGCGGAGUCCCCAAAUUAUUAGUAGCCUUCUCAUGAGCAAUAUAGCUUGGAAAGAGGGGGCAUGAGAGAAAGGAAUGAAAUCUAAGAAUGAGUUGAAGCAGACCAAAACAGGCUUAGAGCACAGACUUUUAACUGGCAUCUUGGAUCAGGGUAUAGGAUGAAUACCUACCUUUUCAUUUAUUAUUUAAUCCAGUUCUGUGGACACUCAUGGAUAUUUACAAAUAUGACAGUCAGAUUUUUUUCAUUUGGGAAAGAUUCUAUGGUAGAUACUUUCUAUGCUAUUGGACUUGUGAUGCGCCUUUGCCAGUCCCUUUCUCUGUUGGAGCUGGUGCACAUAUAUGUGGGAAUUGAAUCAGAUCGGCUUUUGCCCAGGUUUCUGCAGCUAACUGAGAGAAUAAUAAUACUUUUUGUGGUGAUCACCAGUCAAGAUGAAGUCCAAGGAAAAUAUGUCGUGUGUGUUUUAUUCUUCCUCUGGAAUCUAUUGGACGUGGUUAGAUACACAUAUAGCAUGUUAUCUGUGGUGAGAAUUUACUACCACAUUUUGACAUGGCUCAGUCAAACGCUCUGGAUGUUCAUUUACCCUCUCUGUGUUCUUGCUGAAGCAUUUGUCAGCUACCAAUCACUGCCUUAUUUCGAAACCUUUGGCACUUACUCCACCAAACUGCCCUUUGACUUAUCAAUAUAUUUUCCAUAUGUUUUAAAAAUAUACCUCGUGGUGCUUUUUGUAGGUAUGUAUUUUACCUAUGAUCACCUCUACUCGGAAAGAAAAAAUAUCCUCAAAACCUUUCAUGUCAAAGAGAAGAAAAACUGAGGCUUUGUCAUGAAGACCAUCUUGUGCAAUAUGCUGCUGCUAACAUACCAUGUGAAGUACUUAGAUUGGAAAAAUGCCAAAUGCUUGAAAAAUAGCUAUUUUUUUUAACUUGGAAUCAAAUGGAAACCCUUCAAAGAACCUUGGGCAUUCAAAUAUGGUUGUUCUGUUUCAUAGACAUUUUGCAUCUAAUAUAUGCUUCCUGCCUCACCACCACUGUGGAUUUUUGCUGUUGCUGAAAAUUAUAUUGGAUAUUUUUGUAGCAGCUUUUUUUUCCCCCUUGUAAGCUAAACAACUGGAAUAAAUUCAACUGGAAUAGAGCCUCAAUUCAUUUUUGAAA